UUUUAAAAAAAAAGAAGAAAAAAAGGAAGAGUUGCAGAAGACGCACAGGUGCCCCAAGCAGACGAGGAGAAGAAGACGGGUCGGGUCGGGUCCUAAUAGCUGCUUUCUCCUUCUCAGUCCACUUCUCUUCUUUCUCUCUCUGUCUCUCCUCUCUUCUUUCUCUCUCUAGAAUUCCCUCGAUUCCAAUUCCCUUUGCUUUUCCAUUCCCAAAACCCCCACUCCCUCACUUCGUCUCGGGAAUUCAAUUCCCCCUUUUGAUUUUUCUCAAUUGGCGAUUUCUUUCGGGAUUUUCGUUUCGCCGGAAGGGUUCGGCUCGUUCGGGUCGGGUUUUGGACCGUUGAAGAAUCGGAUAAGGGCGGGAUCUGGCUGCGUAUAUUGUUAGGGAUCGGAAUUGUGAUCUAAUUGGAGCUGGUUUGGAUUACCGUUUUGGAUCCGAUCGGGGGAGAAACAGCGCCAUCUGAUGGCGCUGUUCAGACGAUUCUUUUACCGGAAGCCGCCGGACCGCCUUCUUGAGAUCUCCGAGCGGGUGUACGUUUUUGACUGCUGCUUCUCGACCGAUGUGUUGGAAGAAGAUGAGUACAAAGUGUACUUGGGUGGCAUUGUAGCACAGCUGCAAGACUACUUCCCGGAUGCUUCUUUCAUGGUGUUUAACUUCAGAGAAGGGGAUAGGCGGAGCCAAAUUUCCGAUGUGCUUUCGCAGUAUGACAUGACAGUAAUGGAUUACCCUCGGCAAUAUGAGGGAUGUCCUUUGUUGCCACUAGAGAUGAUUCAUCACUUCCUUCGUUCGAGUGAAAGUUGGUUGUCAUUGGAGGGGCAACAGAAUGUGUUACUGAUGCACUGUGAAAGAGGAGGAUGGCCUGUUCUCGCAUUUAUGCUUGCGGGUCUUCUGUUGUACCGUAAACAAUACAAUGGAGAGCAGAAGACCCUUGAAAUGGUUUACAAGCAGGCUCCUAGGGAACUUCUCCAUCUUUUGUCUCCUUUAAACCCACAGCCUUCGCAGAUGAGAUAUCUUCAGUACAUUUCGCGACGAAAUUUGGGUUCUGAAUGGCCUCCAUCAGAUACACCUCUACUUUUGGAUUGUCUGAUACUUCGAAACCUUCCGCUUUUUGAUGAUGGAAAAGGUUGUAGGCCUUUCAUACGUGUUUUUGGUCAAGACCCUUCUACACCAGCUAACAGGAUCUCUAAGCUUCUCUUUUCAACUUUAAGGAAUGAAAAGAAUACCCACCUCUAUGUACAGGCAGAGUGUGUGCUGGUGAAAAUUGAUAUUCGUUGCCGUAUUCGAGGGGAUGUGGUUCUUGAAUGCAUCCACCUGGAUGAAGAUUUUGUUCACGAGGAGAUGAUGUUCAGGGUUAUGUUCCACACAGCAUUUGUACGGUCAAAUAUAUUGAUGCUCGGUCGUGAUGAUAUUGAUAUUCUUUGGGAUGCCAAGGAUCAAUUUCCAAAGGACUUUAGAGCAGAGGUACUUUUUCUGGACGCUGAUGCUGUUGUGCCUAAUAUCACCACAGUUGUGGCAAGUGAAGAAAACGAGACAGGGAGUGCUUCACCCGAGGAAUUUUUUGAGGUGGAAGAGAUAUUUAGCAAUGCAUUGGAUUCACAGGAAGUGAAGGCGGAUUUCGACACUUCCAUGGUUCACGACAAUGCUCGUAAACAUAUAGAUCAGCAAACAGUCUGGAAGGAGGAUUUAGAUCGUCAUGCUUUUGUAGACUGUACAUCAGACGAUGGAAAGCACAAAAAGGACAGAAUGGCAAAUUCUAAUAAUGAUGCGGUGAAGGACAUUGCUGUUGAUGAUGUGAAGUACAAGCUCGAUGAGGUGGAUUCCAAUGUCGAUGCUGUGAAAGACAUUGCUGUGGAUGAUGGAGAUAUGAAGUCAAAUUCCAUCCCAGUUGCUGCUGAUGUGCGGAGUCAUACUGGAACUAAGGAAGUGGUAGAAGAGGUGCGCCGGAAAUUGGAAGAGAUGGAAGAUAUAACUAAUGAAGAAGACGUGGCUACACAGAAGAGAUUAGAGACCAAGGUUGCACAAUCAAAACUGAGUGCUGAGGUCUCUAGACCAAAAGCUGAGAAAUUGCAGCCACCUGCCUAUAAGAGACAGCCUUCAUUUAACGCAAAAGUAGGUGUAGAAACUACGGCAGCAAAACAGAAGUCUAAACAACAAGAAACUCAGGGCACUUCGGCAAAAAUAGCAAAACCAAAUGCGGUGUCUAGGUGGAUUCCGCCUAACAAGGGCUCUUAUACUAAUUCAAUGCACGUUUCCUAUCCACCAUCAAGAUAUAAUAGUGCACCAGCUGGUUUUGCCGGUGCUGCUUCUUCAAAAGAUACAAAUGCAAAUGCUAAACUGAAAGCUUCUUCUGGAACUGCGGUUUCAAAGGAUAUGGAAACUGAACUGAAACAUGGUAAAGUGGACCCUUUGAAGCAUUCAAAGUCUGCACCAGAGACACUAACAGAGACAUCCACAUCCUGCCUGCCAUCGACGCUACCACCAAUCCAAGAGACAGAGACUUCCUCUAUUACAACGGAACAUACUGAUGCACAAGUAGUUUCCCCUUCACCUCCACCUCCUCCUCCACCUCCCCCUCCACCACCUAUGUCUCAAAUAUCUUCAUUGUACAGUUCUCCAAAGCUUUUGUCACCAGCUAUACCAUUGUCGCAAGUAGCUGCAACAGCACCUCCUUCCCCUCCUCCUCCACCUCCCCCUCCACCACCUAUGUCUCAAAUAUCUUCAUUGUACAGUUCUCCAAAGCUUUUGUCACCAGCUAUACCAUUGUCGCAAGUAGCUGCAACAGCACCUCCUUCUCCUCCUCCACCAUCGCUGCCGCCUCCUCUGCUAAGUUCUAAUUCUAUCUUCUCAAAGCCCUCUUCAGUCUCGUGCUUGUUUCCGUCUUCUACCCCGCCACCACCUCCACCUCCACCUCCUUAUGCCUCGUCAUCUAUCACGCAGAAUACUGGUAUAGCUUUGGUCCCUGCACCUCUCCCUUUCCCUCCACCUCCGCUGCAAUCUGGUGGGCAGAAUAGUGGCACCAUAAUGCCUCCACAGCCUUCUUCGUCUCUUUGGAAGGUUGGGUACUCUUCAGCUGUUCAUGUUAUUGUGGCAGGUUCUCAAAAUUCACCACCGCCGCCUCCCCCUCCACCUCCUCUUGCUGCAAGUGUAUCCAAACCUCUUGGAGUUGGAGUACCUACUCCACCGCCACCACCUACUAGUGGAACUCCACCUCCUCCUCCACCGCCGCCUCCUUUGCCGGGAGUUUCAUCUACUCCACAACCCCCACCAUCGCCUCCGCCUCCAAUGCAAGGAACUCCACAUCCACCGCCACCACCUCCUUUAGUUGGAGCUCCACCACCACCCCCACCUUCUUUACGUGGAGCUCCACCGCCACCCCCACCCCCACCUUCUUUACGUGGAGCUCCACCGCCACCCCCACCCCCACCCCCACCUCCAAUGCAAGGGGCUCCACCUCCACCACCUUUACAUGGAACUCCACCUCCACCACCCCCACCACCAUUUUCAGUACAUGGAGCACCUACUCCACCACCACCACCACCACCACCUCCAAUGCACGGAGCUCCACCUCCACCACCACCUCCAAUGCGUGGGCCCCCACCUCCACCGCCACCUCCAAUGCACGGUGCCCCCCCUUCGCCGCCACCUCCAAUGCAAGGUGCCCCUCCUCCGCCGCCACCUCCAAUGUAUGGGGCCCCACCCCCACCGCCCCCUCCAAUGCGUGGGGGGCCACCUCCACCACCUUCAGGACGUGGUGCACCACCUCCGCCACCCCCUCCAAUGCGUGGGGGAGCACCUCCACCCCCUCCACCACCUUCAGGGCAUGGUGCGCCACCUCCUCCUCCACCUCCCGGUGGAGGCCGCGCUCCCUCACUACCUGGAGCACCACCUCCGCCACCACCUCCAGGAGGUCGUGGUCCAGGGCCUCCUGCUCCACCUGGACUUCCUGGUGGUGCUCCUCCACCACCACCCUCAUUAGGUGGCAGAGGACCUGCUGCUGGCAGAGGGCGCGGACGUGGGAUACCUGCCACAGCGCCUCGACGCUCCUCCUUGAAACCACUACAUUGGAACAAGGUGACAAGGGCGUUGCAAGGAAGCCUGUGGGAGGAACUGCAAAGACAUGGAGAGACUCAAAAUGCGCCGGAAUUUGAUGUGUCAGAGAUAGAGAGCCUUUUCUCUGCUACAGUUCCAAAAUCUGCAAACUCAGGAGAUAAAGGAGGGCGCCGCAAGCCUGCUGGUUCUAAACCUGACAAAGUUCAACUGGUUGACCUGAGAAGGGCAUACAACACAGAAAUUAUGCUCACAAAAGUUAAGAUGCCACUUCCUGAUAUGAUGGCUGCUGUUUUAAAAAUGGAUGACUCAGUAUUAGAUGUUGAUCAGGUGGAAAAUUUAAUUAAAUUUUGUCCUACUAAAGAGGAGAUGGAACUUCUCAAGAACUACACUGGUGACAAGGAGGCCCUGGGGAGGUGUGAACAGUUUUUUUUGGAGUUGAUGAAAGUGCCUCGGGUGGAGUCAAAGAUGAGAGUAUUUUCUUUCAAGAUUCAGUUCAACACUCAGGUCUCAGAAUUUAAAAGAAGUUUGAACACAGUAAACUCUGCAUGUGAGGAGGUUCGGAACUCUUCUAAGCUGAAGGAAAUUAUGAAGAAGAUUCUUUUUUUGGGGAACACUUUGAACCAAGGAACUGCAAGGGGUGCUGCUGUUGGGUUCAAGUUGGACAGUCUACUGAAGCUCUAUGAUACGCGUGCCUCUACUAGUAAGAUGACACUCAUGCAUUAUCUUUGUAAGAUCCUUGCUUCUAAAUCGCCAGGACUUCUUGAUUUUUACCAGGACCUUGUCAGCCUGGAGCCUGCAACAAAGAUACAAUUGAAGUCUUUAGCUGAAGAAAUGCAAGCUUUAAUCAAGGGGUUAGAAAAGCUCAAGCAGGAGCUGACGGCAUCAGAAAAUGAUGGCCCUGUGUCAGAAGUUUUCCGUAAGACAUUGAAAGAGUUCAUUACUGUUGCUGAGACCGAAGUGGCAUCUGUGACGAACCUAUAUUCUGUGGUGGGUAGAAAUGCAGAUGCUCUUGCAUUAUAUUUUGGUGAGGAUCCCGCUCGCUGUCCAUUUGAGCAAGUUACUGUGACUCUCUUGAACUUUGUUAAGUUGUUUCGGAAAGCACACGAAGAGAAUAUCAAACAGGCUGAAUUGGAGAAGAAGAAAGCAGAAAAGGAAGCUGAAAUGGAAAAGGCCCAGGGCAUUAACCUCACAAAAAAAGCACCAAAAUAGGUGAAGGAUAUAGUCAUUCUAUCGCUACAUGGGAAAUCGAGCUCUCCUGCCCUACAGAAGAGUGUUCAGUCGCAGUGUUGCUAACUAGUGGCAAGGAGCAUAUGCUUUUAGGAUCCUGGUCGGAAUCCCCUUCUCAGAACUAGUGCAAAGGAAAGCCCCUUCGAGAUAUUAUUUGGAUGAGGGCGGAAAGGGCAACUGUUCGAGUCAUGCAGCAUUUGAAGUUUUGAACCAUGCAUGAAUCUUAACUAUACAUGCUUGACAAGAUGUUCAGUCAGACGAUCACGGCCAACUGAUCAGUCAUGUGGGAUAUCAUACAAAGAGACCGGACCUUGGCUCUCACUCUACGGUUGUGUACCAUUCAUUUAGAAGCAAGGGUUCCCGAGGCAAUCUAGCUUCGUCUGCCACCAUGAUGUCGGAUCUGGCCCCCUCUGGCAUCCUUGGGAGAGCAAAGUUCAGUCUCGGUUCACAAUCAGGUUUCAGCUUUCAUCAUUCGUUUGGCAGAAAAUGUACAGCGCCAAGGAAGAUGCCGUUGGGAUCUGUAAAUCCCACAUCCCUGCUGUGCCGUGGAACUCCUGUAAAUCACACUAACCCUCUCUCCGUAGUUUAGAAUUCAAUUCAUUUUCCUGUAACAUAUAAUUUAGUUCCUCGUUACAUUGAAAUUUUGGAUAGGAGACCCCUUCGUGAUAGGCGUUGUAUAGGGAAUCAGGUUCAGAAAGAAACUAGACGACGACAGGGAAUUUUUUUAAUUUUUAGGGUAAUUGUAAAAUAAAUACCGAGCGCAGUGGCGUUUUAGGAUUCAUACAGCCGACCCCAUUUAAUGGGAUAAGGCUUUGUUCUUGUUGUAAUUGUAAAAUAAAUAUAGGUUGGUUUAAGAAACUGACUGUUUCUUCCUUAUGGUUGUUAGUCAAAAAGUAUAUACUUAAAUUCAUGAAA